AUGCUUAUAAAAGGCUUAAACAUUUACAGAUUCUUAAAGCCUGUUGGAAUACGGCACGUAGUGACUUUGACCAAAAAAUAUCCUCGCAAAGUGCCUUCUAUUUUGUUGGCAGAAGGUAUUUUGCCUAAAUUGACCGCAGAUGACAUGGUAUACGAAGAGGUCAACAUAGAAACAAAUGAAUCCCCAUGUAUAAAUGUUUUAUUAACAGAUAACGUGCCUGGACUUGGAUCUGUUGGAACAGUAACCCCUGUACAUCGUAAUAAGUUCUGGAGAUAUUUGUAUAUUAAGGGACUUGCUGAACUACCGACAGAAGAAAGAAUCAACGAAAUGAAGUUGAAACAAACAGGAAGACCAACUGUUCUAUGUGGUGAAUCUUAUGUUCUUCAACAACGCUUGUCUAAUAUGACCCUAUAUAUACCUAUGAAUCCAUCUCGAGAAUGGACUCUCAAUAAAACUCAUGUUAAAGUUGCUUUAAGACGAUAUGGUUUCGCAAUAAAGGAACAUUAUAUCACAUUACCAAAAGAAGAAAUAACUUCAAAAAAUUCUACAUCUUCAUUUAAAAUUAGCGUUAAUAUUGAUGAUAUUGUCAAUGUUGUUGUUCCAUGUUCAAUAUUUCUUUAUCAAAAGUUGGAUAAAGGAAUGUGUACUCAACCGCCAACAAAUGUUUUUAGAAAAAUUAAAAUUGAAGAUUGGACUGCAGAUUUUUCUGAAACUGAUAUUUUAAAGAAAAUUGGUAAUAGUCGUCGAUUCUUUUCGUAUUUCAAACGUCAAGCAUAUGAACCAACUAAAAUUAAACAACUUGAUGACUCUAGUAUAGGGUUUAUGUUAUCUGAUUUAAAUCAUAAUGGUAGAGUUGCAUUAGCUCACUUUGAUCAUUACUACAGCGAAGCUUAUGGACCAGUUGCUUGGCGUUCAAUGCGUAUAGCUUUAUUAAUGCCAUCUAAAAAAGCUAUUCUCUAUAAUCGUUAUUUUCCCAAUGUUAGUGAAACAAUUUCAUCAUCAUAUAAUAAUGAUGAUAAUCAGUCAUUUUUACCAAACAUAAACUUUAUGCAAACAUUAAUUAAACAUCAAAACUCUUUGACAAAUAAUGUAUUCAAUGCUGAUAAGAAUCCGAAUAUUAUUGAUGAGGUUAUUAAUGUAACGCAAUCUGAUGCACGUCGUAGACAAUUUUUAACACGUUACAGCCCAUCAGAUGAAACUAUGGAUACAACUAAUCUCAAUGAAUUUAUACCAUCAACUGAAUUAAUUAGUGAAAAUGAAAUGUAUACAAGAGAAUGUGAUACAGACUUUACAUUUUAUUCUAAAGAUUAUUAUGGUAUGAUUAAAGCAGAUGAAGGGGAUUCAUCUGAUUUACAGUCAUUGAAAGUGUUAACUGAAGAAUUCCAUAUACCCGAGAAGUUAUGUAUUAAAUGUUCACCUCCUGGUAGAUUGGUUACAAUACCACAUCCAACUUAUUUAAAUGGACAAUUUAAUUUUCAUACAAUAGACUUAAGCUCUGUUCUACCUAUUUUAGUAUUGAAUUUACAAAAAGAUGAUAAUAUGGUUAAUAUGUCUACAUUUUCUGGAACUAAAUCAGUUAUUGCACUACAAACUGGUUUAUUAAAUCGUUUAUUAUGUGUGAUACGUACUCCAUCUCGUACUACUCAUGUUCAACAAAUGAUCAACACUUUUAAAUCGUCUGGACUUAAUUCUAAAGAGAAUGAUAAACAAAACAAUAAUACUAAAAUAGACUUUGUUUACUCAAAUGAUGAAUUGGCUGGUUAUUUUUCUGACAAUAUUGAUAAAGAUUAUAAAUUUAAUAAGAUUUUAGUCAAUGUUCCUUGCUCGGCUGAUCGUUACGCAAUCACAUCUGGUACUACACAUGUUUUUGAAAUGGGACAAGCUCAUUUACGUGCUCAUUUACCGAAAAUUCAGUUAAAUCUUCUCCGUCAAGCAAUGGAAUUAUGUCAACCUAACGGUUAUGUUGUCUAUUCAACAUCAACAUUAUCACCAGGUCAAAAUCAAGAAAUUAUUCAAUCAUUUAUACUGAAUCAUUCAAAGAAUAUUAAUUUCACAUUGAUCAAUUUAAAACCAUUGUAUGAUUUAUUAACUGUUUGUUAUUCUAAAUUAGGUCUAAAAAUUAUUCCGAUUCAUUUACCUUUAUUUGAUAAUAUGAAUGGAAAUAAUCAUAAUAAAAAUCUAUCUUCAAAUAAUACUUGUCAUGGUUUAUUAAUUAUUCCAUCGAUAUCGUGUAACUAUGGUCCAACUUUUAUUGUUAAAUUUAAACGCCUUCCUUAA